GUGCAAGUCAAGAACCAAAUUGCAAGCAUUUCUCCUGUUUCCACCAAUUUUCCUUUCUCCUUUGAUAUUUUCUAGUGGUUGUGUUUCUAGGUUGUACUUUAUUUCUUUACAGGGUUCAUGACGGCCGUUCUGUCUCCUACAGAUGCCCUACGCAGAGAUCCAAUAAUGGCCUCCUUAGAAGACAACCAGUUAGAUUACUCCUCCACGGACUGGAAAGCGAAGUAUAAUGAGGUCGCCGAUAUGCUGGCAGAGACUCGUGCCGAACUCGAUGAAUUUCACACUUCUAGUAAAGAGCUUGAGGAGGAGUUAAUCAAGGAAAUAGACCGUACAGAGAAGGCACAACAGGAUCUCAAAGUCAAGGUCGCAAAGACAGAAUUAGACCGAGACGAAUGGAAGUCCAAAUUCAUAUCGCUACAGACCACGUACAAUACAACCACUACUUCCCUGCAACGAGAGUUAGAUACACUCAGGCAGGAGUCUCAGAAAUUGAAGGUCAGAUUGCGCGACCUGGAGUUGGGCAAUGAUGACCUCGAGAGAAAUGAGCGUGUGGUCGCGUCGAGUCUGGCGGAUAUAGAAGCAAGGUAUUCCAAGGCGCUGGAGGAAAAGAUAUUGCUCGAGCAUGAACUCUUUGACAAGGCUAAUUUGGAGGAAGAACUACAACGUGUCAAGGAUGAGCUACGAGAUUCAUCUGUAGAAAUUUCUAUCCUCAAAGAUCAGCUGAUAGCUGCUCGCUCUAGGGCACCGAGCAUUUUGACCGAAACUUCGGGUUCCACUACCGCUUCAUCACUAUUCCCUCCUCUUUCAACGGCUUCAUCGGAUGACAAUCUGCUUAGUACUCCGCCGCCGCCAGAUCUUGAACUAUCUGAUCUCUCUUCCAACGAGAAAUCCUCUAUUCCUACCCCUACCCGCCCGCCUUCUACCGCUGCCAACUCAAAUUAUGGACAGUCCAUCUUACUCCAGCGCGCAGGUUUCCAGCUGAGCAAACAUAACCCUAAUACUUCCUCACCUUCAUCAAUGGCUCGUUCGAACACCCUUCCAACCCUUGCUGCUUCACGCAACUCUCCUCGGACUCCUGCCCUUGUCCCACGGCCUGCCGCUGUUACUGCCAGUUCUAGCGUAUCCAACAUCACUGCCAUACCCAUGAUGGCAUCCAGAAGCAAGGGUGUUCAAAUGGUUUCCGAAAUGCGUGCUCGUGUCAGGAAUCUAGAACAGAAGAUUCAUACACGUGUUCCUCGCUUACGGAUGGGCAGCAAUGCUGGGCGGCAGGGAGCGACAAUGUCCACGAUGGCCUCCACAUCUACUAUAUCCUCUACAUUGUCAACCAAGAGUACCUUUACACGUUCUGUGAUACCGGACAACAAACUUGGAAGACCGACUCCACAGCGGCUUGGCGUAGACACUGUUUUGGCGAGUGGUGCGACUACUCCCAACCCUGAUAAUUCAGGAUGGGUUCUCAUUAUGGACGAUACUACUCCCUCUCCAAAUAAGGAUGCUGAGAAGGAACACGGACGCUCAUCUAGUCCCUCACCCCCCAGCGCUUUUCGCUGUGCAGUUCCUUUAUCGGUAUCAUCUCCUAUUUUUUCCAAGCCCAGUCAAUUUGGCCAAAGCACAAUGACCCAUAGUCGUCGACCUCAAUCACGCCUCUCCGGAGCAAGCCUCAGCACUACUGCAACAAUGAGUUCCAUACCUACUCCUUCGUCUCGCCCCGCGACUCCCACUUUUCUUCCCAUUCCGAUCUCCCGUCCAGCAGUCCCUGGCUACAAGAAGUCCACCGGACCAGGGACUGGUCCGCACGGCGGUCCAUAUAGUCAACCGAAACGUUCCUCUAUAGGUUCUAGCAAUGCUGGGUCACCUACGCCUUCUUCGGAUUCAGAGUUCCGCCCUCGUGAACGACCGUUCUCAUACAGUAGCAAAGUUCAGAAGGAUUUGAGAUCGCCACCACAGCUCCCUUUGUCGCACUCCAAUGUUACAGUUCGGGCAUCCUCUAGGAUCCCAUCCUCCGCCAGCAGUGCCUCGAUAUUGUCACAGAGCAGGAUUGGUCGACCUGCGUGGAAGAGCAGCGGAUUGGAGCUUCCUAGUCAGGACAAUAGCGGUUUGCUAGAACCUGACAAGAAACCUCGGGGCAGGUCUGGGAGCAACGUGCUCAAUUUUGGACGUGGCGGCGCUUCUUGACUUUUCUUCCUGAAUCUCUCAUUUUCCGUCUGUGAUAUGCUAUGCUGACUUUGGAGUGGCGCACCCUGAUGAACGUUUAGAUUACACGCAUCUUGCAUUUUAGGUCUCGAGGACCAUUACUCCAUGCUCACUCGUUUCGCGAACUAUUCUGCAGGGUGUACCUGCUGAUCCAUGCCUCGUAUGACAUUCAUGAACACAAACAGAACGAAUACCCAUUUACCAGCGACACUUCGCGCUUCUCCCCACUUCCGCUGGUGCCAUGAUACAUUACUUGUUUAUUUCUACAGCCGAUCUGUGCUCGUAUUUUUUUCUUUCCAUCUGUCAUUUUAUUUUUCUCUGCGGAAUUGUGUGAAUUAUUCUUAAUGAUCAUUUACGUAACCACAAUGACAAUGCUCUCCCCUUCGGGAACGUCCACUG